UUCCGAGUUCAGUGUGCCGUAAAGUGUUCAGUGUGAUACACCGACUUCGCCCAAUCAAUACAAUUUUUGUGUUCCUGGACAUUAUCCACCGUCCCGUUUUAAAAUUGGUCUGUGUGCGUGAAUUAUAUAUUGUUGAGACUUGCUUGUUCCCAGUUCUUGGUGCUGUAAGCUACAGUUUUCUGUCUGUAAAUGUUAUGAAUCCUGGUCUGGUGGCAAGAUUCAUUCCGAAGCGUGAUGUAACAAAUGUCCUGCUUCUUAAUACAUUGAUUGGAUCCGGAUUGUACAUUUAUAAUCGGCCACAUUUAAAUGCUGCCCCAUUGAAACUACGGAUUGCUUAUAGCACCUUCGGUUCUCUCAUGUUCACGUUUGGUUCAGUUCUCCUGUGGGCUGUACUUAGAAGUGUACUUCCCCAUAAUGUGACACUCUGCAGCCUUAUUGGACUAUCCUCAGGAGUCACUCUUAUUCGAGUGGGACAGAACUACUUAGAUUUUGUAGAUUCACAGCUCGAAAUUGAUGGAUCUGCAUAAAAUACAUGAUAAAGUCUGUUCUUUAUGUAAUAAUUCUUAUUUACACGCUUAAUGGUAGGAUAACGUUUCAAUUUGGACAUUGAGCAGUGAGACGUGUUGUACUAAUGGCAGGCUAUCAAAUUAUGUGCAAGAGUGAAUCUGUCAGAAUUAAGAAAAAAUACAGUUUUCAGUUCAGGUAACAAAUAAACUUUUCAGUAAUAUGUUCUAUAUCUCGAUUGUGCUCUAGUCUGUAAUAAAGGAAUAGAGACAUUAACCUUCAUGGCAUGAAGUUCCUGGCGCUACACAAGAAUUUUCUAUCUAGAAUGCUGUAUAUUUGCUCCACAUUCAGCGUCAUUUGCACAAAAAUGAGUUCUGUGCAUCAGCAAUUUCCCAAGGUGGUCUCUAGCUACAGUAGAUUGAAAUCUUUGUGUUGUGUUGCGUUGCUUAGUUAAAUAGAUGUACUACUGUCAUGUAAUAUGUUCUCUGUAAUUGUUUAAUAGAAAUCUGACAUAAUUAACUCCACUAUGGACCAUCAGAGUUGUACGAGGCUAAGUGAUGCGUGAUGGUUUUGUAUUUACCGUCACACGCAAAUCACUUCUCCCUUUUGAAAUUAUUCAAUUUAUUUGUUACAAAAUGGGGGCAGGAUAACAAUUGCAGUUUUAAAAGUAUUGUUAAAAUAAACUUGUUCCUCAAAAAUAAGCUGUGUGCUGUACUACUGAUCCUUGCACAUUUAGUCAUUAUAAUCAAUGCCUUGAAGUUUUUAAGUAUAGUGGUGUUAGUAUAUAAUAAAUAUGCUGUAUUUUGUUUCAGUAUUAAACACAUUUUCUGAUUUGCUGGUAUUUUAGAUCUUAUCCUACUGGUAAACUGAUAAUAAACUGUAAUUACUCCGUCCAUCAAGCAAAUGUAUGUGGACUUAGUUCUGGCUUCAGCAUUUUUCAAUUGUUUUUUAAUUAAAAAUCAGAAAGAAAUUGUGAAAUAAAUAAGGUACAAUUGCAUUAAUUUGAAGGUUCCUACAUGUGAGAUAAAGGAAAUAAAGGCUUUUGAGAAAAAU